AUUUGGUUCCUGUUCCCUGAUAGUCUCCAUGCAUGCAGCUGGGGCUUCUUGCCGAGUAGUGCAGCCGCUGUUACAAACUUGAGAAAAUCUCUGUUGUAGUUUUGAAAACCUGUCUAUGAAUGCACCGAGUCACUUCAGGUCUGUGAAGAAUUUCUCCUGUAUUUGAACAACUCAAGACUCGGACUCGUCUUCGUUUCUGUAAAGGAUGCACUGAGACGACUUCUGGUAAGCUGGACUGUGUUUUUACUUAGGCUUAUCGCGCCAAUUAUGAUAAACAAAAAUAUAUCAUUUAGCGAGUAUUUUCAGCAGAUACCUCUGCCCAACAUUUAGCCAUCAACGUAAGAUUUGAAGGUCUAUAAAUUAGCUUUGUUGUUUGUUCUUCACUGAGUGGUUUUGUAAACCAGUACUUUUAUUUUUGCAAUAGGCUUCUCAGUGAAAAGGCUCGAACUUUGUUUCUUUUUACAAAUCAUCAUACUGGGCGAAAAACAACGUUUGAAAUACAUUUUCCAUCAAUUGCAUGAUAGCUAGCUCAUUUAGAAAUGCUUCCACUGCAUAAAUAAAAAAAUAUAUAUAAUUUUUUUAUUGUCAUCAUACUAAAAGUACAAUGAAAUUGGAGAGCUUCUCCUUUUCCAGUGCAAUAUACAAGUAAAUAUAAAGUAGUAAAAGUACAAAUAGUUGUAAGAAAGAAGUUACUAUAUAUACAAGACAAGAAUUCUACAGAACCGUAAAAUAAAAAAGUAUGUAUAAGAAUAAAAUACAACGAUAAUUACUAAAAACAAAUAUAAAAAAAAUUAUGUACAUAUAUAUGUGUAUAUAUAUGUGUGUAUAUAUAUAUAUAUAUAUAUAUAUAUAUGUAUAUGUAUAUGUAUAUAUAUAUGUAUAUGUAUAUAAUUAUAUAUAUAUAUAUAUAUAUAUAUAUAUAUAUAUACACACACGUGUGUGUGUGUAUGUACAUUUUUUUAUAUGUAUAUAGACACGUGUUGCACAGAUAAAGGAUAUUAUAAUCAACACAGCAGCAGUAACAUUGGUAAUAUUGCACUUGUUACCUCAUCGUGAGGGCUUGAGCUGGUUUAUGGGAGUUUGAAUAACUGUAAUAUAAUAACUAAAAUGAAAUUGAAUUUAAAUAUUAUAUUAAAUUGAAUCAAAAAGCCAUAUCUCACUAAAUAUAUGUGUCCCACUUAAAGUUAGAUAUCUCUCUUUUUACAGUUUACAUAAAGCUACAUUGACUUUAAGUCAUCUUCAAGAUAUUUUCAUGUCAUGUUGUGUUUUAAUAAUGAAAUCUUUAAAGGUCCUCUACUGCAAAUUUGACUUGGAUGUACAGAAAUUUUACCAGCAUGAUGAAAAUAUGUAAAGCUGUAUUUGUUUGGUCUCAUUUUGGACAAUUUCUUUUGUAAAGUGGUCAAUUACAUACAGAUAAAUGACAAUGAAAUGUAAUGAAAACACAAACCUACAGAGGACAGAUACAUAAGACAAAUCAGAAACACCAGCACUGCAGCCUUUUAAAAAUGUUCACUUAUAUCUCAACAUUAAACAAAUGUUUCAAUGUUAAUACUAUGGCAAUCAUCACAUCAAAGUGGUGAUAAAGGCCUGUAUUGGACAUACUAAAGUAAAACCUUGAUAUACAAAUAAAAGCACCUCUAAAAUGAACUGCACCCAGAUGUGUCAAAAUGCCCCCUCUGUAUCUUCUUCAAAAUGUGAAGAGGCAGUUAUUUGGCCACCUGUAAGUUUCACUCACAUACAGUAAGAAAUCUGAAUUAUUUUUUAGCUUUAGCAGGAGACCCAGCCCGGAAACAGUCUGCUACUUCUUUUUCCCCCAUUUAUAUACAUGCAGCAACCUGCAAAACAGGCAGCUACUGUGAACUUAUUGUGUAACCAAUGCAUUGACUUCAGACUUUUUUUAUUGAUAAAAUUAAAAGGAUAAGAUAAACAGCAAGUGGCUCCUGUUCAGGCAACUUGGUUAUUUUAGCAGUUCCACCUCUAGUUAUUAAUUUCUAAAGUUUGUACACAGCUCCACAGGGGUUGCUGGAGGAGGUAGGAUUUAUGACCUAUACUGCAGCCUGUAACCAGAGGGUGCUGUCCUCAGGGUGGCUUCACCUAGCGAGGAGGCAGACGGCGUCCACUCUGUGUACAGUCUAUGAUAACAACAAGUCUUUCCAUCUUUGCUCUAAAGAAUAUCUGUGUUGAGAUAAGUGAGUUGCCCAUAGACUGUAUAUACUAUGGACAACUUGGAGCCUGUCACCAGAGUGUGCUGUUCUCAGCUCGCUUUACCCAGCGAGGAGGCAGACGCUGUCCGUUCUAUACAACACUAUCUGGCAAUGUUGAUUUCAGGAAGUACAGAAAAAAUGCAGAAUUACCAAGAGAUUUUUAGCUUCAAAUCUGUAUACUGGUGGAAGGCGGAACCACGUUGUCCAUAGUAUAUACAGUCUAUGAUACCAACUCAAUUUCACAGCCAUCUUUCAUAACAGUUUUUUUCCAGUUGAGUUUUACCUGCAUUUAGAACAAGCUGCAGUCGCGGAAGCUUAUCUUGUACUCAGUCAAAUGGGUGCAGAUGAUUUGACAAAGCUUGAACUAUAUUGCACAACAAUAUAAAACUGUGUUGUCAGCAUAGAAGGGAAAGACAGCAUUGGGAUAUUUUGUCCAAGACAACUUAUUAAAUAGUAGUUGGCCCAGAGCUGAUCUUUGUGGUACCCCUUUGUAGAUUACAAGCAUAGUUUUAUAAUGCUGGAAAUAAAGCAACAUAAAUGCAGGGCAGAAAAUAAAAGCAUGACAAACAAUCAGAUAAGUUUUGGUCAGAGGGCUAGAUAAUGACAUGUUAAGUAAAUCUGCUUGUUAGUUAGGUUUAUGAUAUCAUGUGUUGCUCCACCAUUUUCUUUGCUUUACUCAGUGUGACUAAAUUUGUUGUUUCAUUUACAUGUUUUAUAUUACUAUAUCAUUAAAGCAAUAACCGUGGCGUGAAUGCCCAGUAUUGUGACAGCCUUAUAUCAUAUGCUUAUUUUUAGCACAAUCUGAAUAAUUUGUUUUUUUAGAAAAGACAUCCAUUAACAAUACCGGUAUUGUACGACAGCCCUCGUAACAACAUAUACAUCUGUUUCCUCAUGUGUAGUUUAACACUUUGUCCUGACUUCAAUUUUUCUUGUUAUCAAACAUUUAUUUUUCAGAAACAACUGCCCCCAAAGAUGGAUCUCAGGACAAGUCUCAAAACAACCCUGAGGAGGAAGUAUCAGAAACUGAAGGAAGCUUAUGCUGACAAACGUCUGCUUCCUCUGAGUCUUUGUAACUGGGAUGCCAAUGUUGACCUACCCUUCCCCAAUUUGCGGCAGCAUGAAUUUCGAAUUGUUGACAAGUCUGACCUACAUACUUGGGUUGUUCGUUCUAGUGUCUUCCUGAGGCAAUUUUUUUCAUGUGACUGCCAACACCUCAGCUGCCAAAGAACAGUUCUCACUUAUGGAGUUUCUGGAGCUGGAAAAACUACAGUAGUUCAGACUUGUGCUUUGGACUGGGCUGAAGGUCAAGAGUAUCAAAACAUUGACCUCCUGUUUCCUCUCACAUUCUGGGAAUUAAAUUCAAUUAAAUGUAAAGUGAGUUUUCUUGAGCUUCUACGGAUGUUUUACCCUGAGAUGAAGGAGCUUGACGUUUCCAGCCUGAAGGGAAAAAAUGUGUGGUUUGUUCUUGAUGGACUUGAUGAGUGUAAUAUGCCACUUGAUUUUCACAGCCCCGCUGUCAGUGAUGUGUCUGAGGUGUCCAAAGUAGAUACUUUAGUGACCAGUUUGAUCAGGGGAAGUCUACUUCCUCGUGCUCAUGUAUGGAUAACAACCAGGUUUUCAGCAGCAACACGGAUCCCUGACUGUUACAUUCUUACAGAGAACAAAGUUCAAGGAUUCAAUGACAACCAGAAGGAGGACCACUUUAGAAAUAUAAUCCUUGAUGAUGAUCUUGCCAGCAGAGCCCUUGACCAUGUGAAAAUAUCAAGGAGUCUAAACCAUCUUUCUGAGAUACCUCCAAUCUGCACCGUCAUGGCUAACAUCUUGAAAAGUCAUGUAGAAGCAGCUGAUGAUGACUUUAAAAUACGACCUUUGAAUCUUACUGAAAUGUACUCAAAUUUGAUCCAAGAUUCAAAAUUUGGCAUCAUCGGAAGGCUGAAGGAGCUGGCACUGCUGCGACUGAGUGACAACAGUGUAAUGUAUGAGAGUGAUCUUGCAAAGAAGGAUAUAAGUGUCAGGGAGGCGUCUGCCUUUUCAAAAAAGUUCCCACUUGUGUUGAGAGAAGAAAAGGGACUACACAACACCACAGUGUUUCGCUUUGGCCAGUCAAGCAUCCAGGAGUUCUUGGCUGCGUCGGCUACAUUGGACAAGAUGCAGGGGAGUAACACGGCAUCUGCUCAGCUUCAGGAUCUGGUGGACGCAGCAGAGCGGAGCCCUGAUGGAGAGUUUGAUGGCAUCCUGCGCUUCACCUUUGGACUCUUAAAGAAACGUGACACAUUGCCUCCAACAGAUCCACUGUUUGACUACACCAAGAAAGUGAUCCUCCAUGAAAUUGUUACCUACAAAUCCGUGAUUCUGUUCCACGCUCUAAGAGAGUAUGACAGCCAGGCUUUACUGAAUGAAGUCAAGUUCUUUCUGAAGUUUGGCUUUUCUCCAAUCCAGGGUUUCACACCCGUGCACUGGACAUUCAUGAUUCAAAGAGCUACAAAUUUUGAGGCCAUUUUGGAUAAUAUUGAAAUGCCCGUCGGCAAAAGAUGUGAUGAGCUUCUCCGGAAGACGCUACCAGCUCUUCUUAAAUCCAAGACGGUCGGGUGAGUAAACAUUGGUUGAUUGCAACUGUAACAGAUGUUGGAAGCACCAGAAUUUUAUUUUUUUUAAAAACAGGUUUCUAUUGCUAUUCUGGCAAAAGGAAAUGAGCACUUUAGCAAGUACCAAAGUACAGAUCAAAAAGAAAAAAAAAAAGAUCUUAUUUUCACUUUGUGGUAAGUAAAUAAUAUUAGAUCUCUGUAGCUGGUUCUGUAUCAUCAUUGUGUAGAUAGGGGGUGUAGAUAUCCCUCAAGUUGUGACAAGCAGUUUUGAAGCUUCAACUAUAACAUAAUAGCAACAGUCUUAUUUUUAGGGACCAAACAAACCACAUUUGGACAACAGGACAGUAAGACAUAACGACUGUCAAUCCUGGUUAGGAUUAUUUUGGUAGCAACUGGGCAUUUCUAAAAUUACAAAUUUCCUUGCCAUUUAUACAGGUAUUAAAAUUCAGAUUAACCCUGUAGUUUAAAGAUAAGAAAACACUCAGGAAACAGUAAAAUCUGAGCACUGUUAAUUCUGCAAAGCUGAAUGUGGUUUACAGGAUCUGUGGGUGAAUGAUCUCAAAUUGGUUUGCCAAGUGCAGUACGGAGAGCCGUACUCAAACACACCGUGCUAUAGGAUACAAACAGUCUUAUGUCCUGGUCUGCACUGGUAGUAUGUAGAUAUUAUAGCCUUGGGGCUGUAGCCAUUAAUCAAACGUAUAGUCUCAACUCUGUUAAUGCUUAGGAACAAAAAUUAGCUGACAUUUUGAACUAGUUUAACCAUUUAGUAAUUCUGAUGCAGACCAUUGAGAAACAUUAACUCACUAAGCCAUAGGGGUGUCCAGGUACAACUUUUUAACUUCUGAUACAAUACCGAUAUUGUAGCCUUCAAUAUUGACCGAUACCAAUAUUGAUCCGAUAUGGCACAAAAUUGUGCAUGACAAGUUUUCACUCAGCUGCAGUGACUUUUUUGGACUUAAAAAAUACCGCCACAAGGCCAGCAUCACUCUUUCUCCUUGCUACUUUGCUAGUACCUUAUUACACACUGGUAUUGUGUUUUUGUGGGCUCAGCUUGCUGGAUCAGGGUGCUACUAGAGGUGCCGGAGCGGAGUCUGGAAUGGACAGCUUGUAUCGGAGUGCUACCAUUGGAGAUUGUAGGUGCAGGCCAAUAUAAUCCGAUAUUUGUUUCUUUUGCUGAUAUUGUACUGAUAUUCGAUAUCAAGAUCGUAUCGGGACACCCCUACUAAGCUUCAUGGGACACAAUAGAGCUUUCAUUUGUAAAAUAAACACAAUUGUACAUAAAAAAGACAAAAACAUCUCAUGAAAGGGCUAGUAUUUUUGAGUAAAGCUCUCCUUUUAUUCUAACCUGCUGACAUUGCAAGCUCAACAGUAAGGACAGGGAUCCAUAACCUGGUUUAGAAUCGAUAAAACCCAAAAAUCAAAGAUGUUUUAACUCAGCGUGUCUCCCGUCAAGGGUCCCUGUAAGUAGUGUUAAUAGCGUAAGUAGCACACACAUGAACAGACUGUAAACUACAUUUUUUAAAAUAGCUAACAGGUAUUAAAGCUAAGAAGUAAGAACUCUGGUGGUCAGCUGUUUGGCUAUAUUUUACUAAAUUUAAAGAUCAAAGGGACGUGAAAUGCAAUUUAUUUUGCAAAAUAAUUUCAUAAAAGUGGGAAAACUCACCCUCCAUAAACAAGCACAUCAGCAUUGGGCAUCAAAUCAAAUCGCAAUGCGGAACCUUUUACUGUUUCUGUCAACUCCGGCUGCUGCUGCUGCUUGGCUACCAUCAUCCUUUUCCACCCCAAUUAGUCGAGUCAAACACGGCCAGACUUCAGAGCAAGUUUCAGUUAAAAGUCAAAAUCCAAUGUUAGAAUCAACGCUGGCAGCUGCAGUUUAAGAGUUAGUUAGCUAACUAUCCAAGGUGACUUAUGAUUACACUGUGAGGUGUUCAGAGUUGGGUCAGUUAAACGAGAAUCAGGCGAAAAGAAAUGAAAACAUCUUUACAGUGUGUUCAAAUGCCACUUCAAGCAAAAAGAAAAAUAGUUUUUUGGUAAGAAUUGUGUUUAACACAUUUGUUUGAAGGAAAACAAUAAUAGAUAAUAUUGAGUAGCAAUAUCAAGAAGGACUUUGAUCAUAAGGGAGUCUGAAGUAUCCCAAUUAGGUCAAUCCAAAAGCAUCACCAUCAGAAUUUCACUCAAGUGUUAUGUGUCAUCUGCUCUCCUCUUCUUGCAGACUUGGAUUCUCUAACCUGACAGACAAGAGUUGUCCCAUCUUAGCUGCAGUCCUGAGCACAGGGGAGUCGUAUCUGAGAGUGCUGGACCUGGGAUUCAACAGCUUCACAGAUCAUGGAAUCAAGUCUUUGGUGGAGGCACUCAGCGAUCCAAACUGCAGGCUGAAAAAGCUCAGACUGCCAGGCUGUAGAGUGAGCUCUCUUGGAUGUAAAUACCUGAUCAAAGCCCUGAAAGAGUCUCCGAAACUGAUAGAGUUGGAUCUCAGCAGGAAUGACAUUGGAAAUGAGGGAGUGCGACAUCUUGCAAACGGUUUGAAAUCUCCUGAAUGCCGGUUAGAAGUUCUGAGGUGAGUGUGUUCAGGCUGUGCAAGAGCCUCAUGACAAGAUGUGUAUCACAAUAUACAAGCUGUAGCACGACCAGUAUUGUUUUACUUUCAAUCAUUCAUAAAUGACUGAAAUAUACAGGGUUCCUACACAGAUUCAUGAUCUUCAUCACUUAUCCCUUCUGGGUUCACAGAGGGCUGCAGACUAUCUCAGCUGAUAUCAGGCAAGAGCCAGGGUACACUCUGCACAAGUCCAGUCUAUCACAGGGGUGACAUGUAGAGACAAACAACCAUUUGUGCUUACACUCACACCUUUGGGCAAUUCACAGUGAUCAGUUAACCCGAUGAACAUGUUACUGGACUGUGGGAGGAAGCCCGAGUACCUCCGCACAGAAAGGCCCCUGCAUGGGUCUGCACCACUGUGCAGCCCAGUUUAGUGAUGUCUUUGAUUGUUCACGAGAAAAACUGACACCUCGUCCAAUAGCAGACUGAAGUUUAAAAAUUCUGUUUUCAUCACCAAGUUAUAUUUAGUGUCUAGGGGUGGCAAGGACACAACAUGAAUAAGACCCAUUUCCCCCACAACCACAGAUGGGUUAGAAGUAAAUUCACUGUGAUAUUUAUUUACAGUUUGAUUAUAAUUAACAACCAUGAGGGAACUGGUUCAAAUUAACUUAAUAGUGAACUGUGAACUCAAAGAAACGAAAAUGAAAAUUAUUCACCUCCCAAACUAACUAAACAUGAGAAAACGAUAUCAAAUAAAUUGGCGAGUCACCCCUACAAAACCUACCAUCAAAAUUUAACAAAGGCCAUGUGGACAAAUGGGAGAGGAGGGAGGUGGGAUCCCAGUGCCACGGCUCUGACAUUGAGAGAGAGAGAGGACCACAACCACAUCAGCACAUCCAAACACCAGCACAACUGAAUUACUCCUAACAAACAAAAAGCUCAUAUAAUAGCCACAGUUGUAACAUUACUUAGGUUUUGCAAGUAUUUGCAGAGCAAACUGAUGGUUAGUCAGUUGGCCUCUACAGUCCUGAGAUUUUUUAUAGUAAAUUUAUUUUUAAUCUAGCAGUUUAUUUUUUGGGACAUAGCUUGAGGUCUUAACUUUACUUGCAAAGCUCCAGGGUGUUACAAUAUUUAGUUCUUGCUGAUCCAAAUUUCUUUUCUUUUCAAAGCACCAUUGUUUUCUUUUUUCACAGGCUAUCUCAGUGCAGAAUUGAGUCUGCCGGUUGCUCCUAUUUGGCCUCAGCUCUGCAGGCAAAUCCCAGCCAUCUUAAAGGGUUGGAUCUGAGCAUCAAUUCCUUCGGAGACAAGGGGGCCAAUGAGUUGUUAAAAAAAGUAGACAUUACACGGUUGUUAAAGCUGGAGUGAGUAUCAUUUGAAUGAAAAUAUGUUCAUUUUGGCCUGUUGGAAAACAAAUAUCACUCAAACAGGGCUCUUUUUGUCCGUUAUCAGGUUGUACCACUGUGGGCUCACCAUGUUGAGCUGUGUGAAGAUCGGAGAAGCUCUGAAGAAUGAAUCCAGCGUUCUUGUGGAGCUCAAUCUGAGCAGCAACAACCUGAAAGAUGCAGGACUUGAGCUUAUCUGUGAAGGCAUGUACGCGUGGUGUAGUCUGGAAAAACUCAAGUAAGAAAACCUCCUGUAUUUGUAUGUGACAAACUGACUUUACUGGCUCUAAAGUUAUCAGAUUUAUUUAUUUAUUUAUCUUUUUUAAGUAUUUAGCUUCAAAUGCUGCAAUCACUGUAAAGAGCCAGCCAUGGAAUAUGAAGCAAAGGCAAAAAAAAGGGGUACCAUUCAGGUAGGGCUGAAACGAUUACUCGAGUAACUCGAGUAACUCGAUUAAUAAAAUUCCUCGAGGCAAAUUAUAUGCCUCGAGGAAUCGUUUAAAUCCGGAACCAUGUGCAGCGCACGGUGUUUGACACGGACGGUUAUUUCUGUUGCGCAGCAGCGUGCUCUUUCCGCUCCUUCCGCUGCCACGCGUUUCAUAGACAUAAUAAAAGGGUAGACCCCGCUGGGGGUGCUGCGCAGCGAGAAAUGCGGCCGCCAUCUUGGUCAGGUCAAGCUUCCCAUACGCUCCAGUCAAUCAUAUUCAUUCAUUCAGCGAUGCCGGAGCACUGUGCGGCGUAUUCCUGUGCCAACAGGCGGACAGCAGAGAACAGGGCUCAAGAAAUAACUUUUCACAGUUAUGAUUAAACGUUUUUUAAACAUUACACUUGACUGUAGAGUCAUUUGUAGGCCAAAGAGGAAGACUAUCGGUCAACUCCAAAAAGGAAACAGCAUUUGCGAACAGCUAGCUUAUUCACAAUAAUAGCAACUUUGGUCGAUUAUCAACAGAUUUGCAUUAGAUUGAAAAACUUUUGUUUGAGAGAGGUUCUAAGAAACGUUAAGAAAUAAAAUAGAAAGAAAAAGGAAGAAAGUGAGCUCUGUUUUAUUAUCUGUUUUAUUAAAGAUUUCUUUGUGGUGAUCUCCUGUUUCAUUUUGAAGAUUUCCUAAGGACAAAAACUUGAGGAAGAAGUGGGAGAUUGCUGUUAGAGGGAGAAAUUCGCAGCAAGUGAUUCCUCUGUGCUGUGUAGCCAACAAGCAAAUUGAUAUGUAGUUUAGAUGCUGUCCUGUCAUGCUGUUCUUGUGUUUAAAUCUUUUUGAUAUGUAGGCUAUAUAUUUGUGUGUAUUUUCCAGUUAUUAAAAUAGUGCCUACUAUAAUACAGCCACUGCUGCCAUGUUCUAAAAUAUCAUUUUAUUCAUUCUGAGUAUUUGAAAAAGCCAAAAAAAAAUAUGGCCUCUAUCAUGCCUCUUUGAAUGGCGUUUGCAGAGAAGAAAAUUACGUAGUAUUGAGCGAACUAUGAUUCAUUAAUGCGCUCAGACUUCAUUCCGCCGGUUAAACAGCGGUGCAGAGUGAGGCGGAUGACCGGACCAAGAUGGCGGCCGCAUUUCUCGACAGCGCCCAUUCGUGGUAGCGGCCGAUGCGGGGUCUAUCUUUUAUUAUGUCUAUGGCGCGUUUGGUUCAAUCAUGGAGGGAAACGAGGACAGACAGAGAGAGGAAGAAAGAGAUGACACGCAGAGGAAACGGCAGAAAGUGUCUAAAGUGUGGGACCAUUACACACUGAAAAGGAAAGAAAACGCCGUGCAGUGCGUUCACUGUAAGGCGGAGUUGGCGUUUCACAACAGCACGUCGUCAGUGCUGCAGCACCUUAAAAGAAAACACCCGGUCCAUGCAUUAAGUCCGCUCUGAGGCAAACGUGAUUCAAUGCAAAGUAUUACAGUGAGAGCAAAACAUUUCUUAUCCGAUUACUCGAUUAAUCGACAGAUUAAUCGAUAGAGUACUCGAUUACUAAAAUAAUCGAUAGCUGCAGCCCUACCAUUCAGGAUACACAAAACCUGCAAACAGCACAGUAACAAUCCACUUCACAAGGUUUAUUGGAAAACUAAAACUAAAAAUAUCUGGUGUAAAAAGAAAUCAUGGAUGUCUCAAAAAAGUCAUACCAGUCAAAAAAAAUGAACUUUUGUCUGAUACAAGUAAGGAAAAUGUGCUCAAAUGUAGCACCAGCAGGAACUUUUUAUGUUAAGUGUGAAAUUAAGAGAAACUAACACCUUCACACUAAACCAAAUAUGUUUGUCUUGGUACCAGGAAGGGAUUUCUGAAUUAUUUUCAAAAUAAUUCUGAACAUGUGCUACAAUUUAGCAUCUUAUGCUCUAGCUGCUGUAUUGAGUCAAGACUCACAGUGAAAAUAGCAUAUUGUGUGUAAAGUAAAUUAUACUGACUAAAUGUGCUGAAAAAUUAAAAAGAAAUUAGACCAGAAAAAUAGCACGAGGUGCAUCUUAACAUAUACUUCACUUCUUUUUUCUCUCCAGUGUUUCGAGAUGUGGAAUCUCAAAUACAGGCUGCCACCACAUGUUUAAGGUCCUGGGUUCAGUCUCACAGCUGUACCAGGGGUGGAGUCAGAGAUCAGAGUGGCAGGCGGUCGAACUGAAAGAGCUUGACAUCAGCAGAAACUGCCUCUUAGACCAAGGAGUCAAAGAAAUAGUUGGUGGAUUGAAGAAUCCAUACUCUCAUCUGAAAGUUCUCAAGUAAAUCUAAACUCAGCUGUAUUCCUUUUCACACUGAUGUUGCCACAUCAGAGGAACUGAACUUUAUCAUGCUCAUGUUCUGUUUCAGCCUGUGCCACUGCAGCCUGACGGAUGAAUGCUGUUUAGACCUGGGACUGGCAUUAGCGUCCAAGCAGAAUGUGGUCACUGAGCUCAACCUCACAGGAAAUGAAAUUCAAGACAAGGGAUUGAAGAAAUUCUGCAUGGGAUUGAAAAGCCCUCUCUGUAAACUGGAGAAAUUAAUGUAUGCAUUUUUUCUCUUCUUUGCUGAUUCACUAACAGUCUUAUUACAUGUAAACUCAAAAUGUUUCAUUCCACUUUUGAUUGUCACGGCCCAGAGCUCAGAAAAUGAAAAACACAUCUCAAAAUAUUGGGCUGUUUCAUUCUAAGUGUGAGUAAAUUGUUAUUCAGGAGCAAUAAAUACCACAUAAUUUUUGGUCCAGUCCAAAAUAUACAACCACAGUCAUAGGGAAGACUGCUGACUAGAAAUGAUCAACACCCUCCACAGGGAGGUUUUGUCACAGAAAGUCAUGUUUAUGAAAGUAAAAAGGGGUUAGAGCAAGCUAAAGCCGCAGAUUUUCUUUUUUCAUCUGCUAAUAAGCUCUACAGAGAUGCACACUUCCUUUACCUGCAAGUCUUGCACCUUCUUUUAGUGCCAAAACUCCUACCAAAUUGAUUGCAUGAUUGGCCAACCAGUUUGCCUUCCCUAAAGCUCAUAGUGAAUCUGUGGGAUAUUUGUCAAAAGGAAGAUAAGAAACAACCAACCCAAAAAAUACAGAUGUGAUGAAGGCCGCUUUCAAAGUAGCCUGGGCUUCAGUUACACUUCAGCAGAGCCGCAGACUGAUCGUCUCUAUGCCAUACUGCAAUGAUGCAGUGAUUUGUGAUCAAUGCGCCCCAACAAAGUGCAGACUUUGAAAACGAACAUACUAUUUAAAAGCUGGAUAUUUUUCAAUUUGUAAUCCUGUUUUUUAACUUGGGAAAUACUCGAAUAAUUUGUGAUACCGGAUUUCUUUUUUUUUUUAUGAGUAAUGAGCCGAAAGUUUAAGCAACAAGAAGGCUUGCUAUAUUCUUUGCAGGCUAUGAACAUAAAAAUAUGUUAAUAAAAAAUUAACUUUUUGAAAUAGAAUACUAAAAAAUUGAUUCAACACAGAAAGGUCUAAAUUCACAAAAGUACAAAUGCGUUUUUACAACUGAGGGUUUUGCCAACCUUCAGUAAAUUCACAGGAAUCAUACAACACAGUUAUGAAUUAUAAAUAUAUAAGAUUUAACUGGUAAAUCCGUGAGAUAUUAAAAAAAGGUUAUGACUGGUUAAUUUCAGUCUUGGUUAUUUGAGGGAUAAAUCAUAAAAGCAACCUACAACUGCCUGAACUAAAAUGAAAAGUUUGUUUAUUCAGACUGAGGAGCUGUAAUCUGACCUCAAAGAGCAUCCAGUUCCUGACCACUGCCCUGAAGUCAAACCCCCAACACCUGACUGAGCUGCUCCUCAUGGGCAACAACCUGGAAGACUCAUCUAUCCGAGUGCUCUGUGAACUGACAAAGAACCAGAAAUAUGCCUUACAGACAUUAGAGUGAGUACUGAAAUCCAUUAUUCUCCUAAAUAUGUAUGUCACUUAGAUAUCUUAUUUCUUUAACUUCUCUCCUGUCAUUAUGACACAGUCGAACAGGCUAGUAAUAAGGAUGUAUUUUUAUUCAACCCAGAUUUAAUGACAAGCACCGUCUACAAAUGACCUGAUAAUUUCAAAGUGAGCUAUUCAUGUGAUCUGUCCCACAUUUUAUCUUUCAGCGUCUCAGUGGACUAAGGAGAGAAGAAGAAAAUACACACAAGGAAAAAUAAUACAUAAAGUGGCUCUUAGGCUCCCUGGAUGUCUACAAGCUAGUAAAGUAGCUGUUUUUUUUUACUUACUGUGUCUCAAACCAGUCUUUAGAAACUGUAUCAAAGUGUAGCCAAACUAAUGGGUAAUGCCAAAUAUGAAUAUAUCUGAGCCUUUUUUUGGUCUACUUUUACAUGAUUUUUUUGCAGCACAUUAAUUCCACUACUCUUGUAGCAGAGAGGCAUACAUAAUAAUUUAAGUCUUCUAUAACCAGCCAAAAAGGAGUUAUAAUUUAUGUGUCUGCUCAUUAACUAUGUGCCUACGGGAUUCAAAUGAGCACCACUGCAAAGACCCACUGCAUAAGAGAGAUUGUAAACUGUAUGAGUUGUUAUUGACAAUGAAAAUGGUGUUCUGCCUGAAUAUAUGUCUGAUAUGCUGUUAUAAAUUCUUAUGCUGAUCUGGGACAGAUAGGCUGAGUUGUACUAUCCUUUACUCUCACUCGCUCUGAAGCUUCAAAAUAACUGAAACCCGUGGCCAUGUUCUCCUGAAACUGUCAGUUCACUUUAAUGACUUACAUUACCAUCAAAGUGUUUCUUAUUCUGUUUCUUUUGUUUAAACUGCUGUACAAAUGUCAUUUUUGUUUAAGUCACCCUUUGAUUGAAAUGUAAUGUUUCUGCUGUGAAUAAACGCCUUGUCUGCAGAUCAGA